AUGAAUAACUGGCAAAAUGCUCUCUUCAAUGAAAGGACUUUAUUGCAGAACAGUAAGCCCCCUACACAAGAAGAUUUGAACCAUGCCAAAGAUAUUUUAUCAAACCUUAAAGCUUCAAAUAAAGAUUUGAAUGUUCAACAAGAAAAGAUGUAUGAAGUUGAUGCUAGAGAAUAUCAGAUGUUCCUAUGCUGGAAAAGUAGAAUGAAAUCCAAAAUCCAAAAAAUGGAUUUACAAAAUCAAAAUAAUUAUAUUCCAAAAGAAUUGAAUUGUAAUGUCAUUCCAAUUGCUACACAACUACCUGACAACAAAUCAAAUAAACUUAGAAAAAUCAAUCCAGCACUCCUCACUCCGCCACCUUUAGAUUUACCGAACUGCAAUUGCCCUGGACUUCCAUAUAAUCCUCAAUUCUACCAAAAUUUCUCUUUUCCUCAUAUCCCAAAUGUUCCCACAAAACAAAAAAAGUAG